AUGGCUCCUAGUGUCGGGACGGGAGCGGGCGGGGCGGGCGCCCGGGAGCGUCCCGGGAGACCCGCAAGUGCCCGGAGUGGCCGGGCGCGGGGAGGCGGGGCGUGCCUGCCGGCCCGGGGCGAGCGCCGGGGCGGGGCGGGGGCUGGCGUUCCGGGAGCGCCGGUUCGGUCGCUCGGCUGCGGGUCCUGCCGGCGGGCUCCGGGGCCCCGGCUCCGCGGGGCCACCAUGCUCAGCGUCGUGCACUUCCUCCGGAGCUUCUUCAAGGUGAGAGGCGGCGUCCGGUCGCGCGAGGGGAGAGCGGGAGCGCCGCGCUGCGCCCUGGGCUGGCUGCUGGGCACCGCGUGGGUGCAGGCACCCUGGGCGCGCCUGGCCGCCCCCAGCUUUCCAACGUGCCGACCGGUGUUCAGAGAGUGUGGCUGCCCCAACCACAGGGAAGGAGAGGCACUGUGUCGGAGGCUUGCCUGGACCGUCCUCGGCGAGGGCGACCGCCGGGUGCCGGCCUCCUUGGGCACCUACUGGCCUUCGGCACGCGGGGCACUCGGCAGCGUAGGCCCCUCGGCGCAGGACGGCCGAUUCCAGGAAGCACUGGCUUGUGCCUCAGCUAGUGGGCGCCCAGAAGUGUUUGAUAUUGUUAUUACCUCGGCUGAGGGUUCCCAAGGGUACGAGGGAGGGGACCAACAAAGUUGGGGCACCAUUUUGAGGAAGCCUCCAGAGCCAGGUGCACACCCACCCGGUGAAGACAAGAUUGAAGAUAAGCAGUUCCCCACUUCACCUGCAGAACCAGAGCAACAGGGAUGGAGUCAAGAAACAGACCAUGAUGAUUUUGAGACAUUGUCCCACCAGAGCGAAAGUCAAUCAGACACAAAAACCUACUCCUUUGAAAGUGCUUCUGACACAGAGUCCCUGCCUGGUGGCUUCACAGGGGGAACCUGCCUUCCUCUAAGUGGUACCUCUGUGGACAGAGAAGGACACUGGGGAUGCCCUGACAUCCUAGCAACCAGAGCUCCUCAGGAGCAGCAUUCAACUAAUGUCCCUGAGCUUGACUCAAAAGAGGAACUAGAUUUGUCCCCUGGCUUCAAGGAAGAGUCUUAUGAAACUGAGUUCCAAACCUUUGCUGCAGUUGCUGGAGAAGAGAAGACAGAACACUUCCAGGACAACAGUGUGGCUAGCCUGGAGCAAGAGUCUUUUCUGGCAGGGUCUCCUCACCACACAGAGGGCUGCUUACAGGGCACCACAGGCAGCUACAAUCUCCAGCCAGCAAAGGCAACUGCACAAGUCCUCAGGGGGUUCUCUAUUUCUUCUCUUCAGAAAUCCAGGUCUGAGAGUUGUCUGGACAUCCCAGUGGUCUGGCCCUUCUUUCUCUGGUGCUGUGAACUGGGCCAGAGCUGGCCACAUAUCCACAGCAGGGCCAGGGGACCAGGGCUACCUUUCAAAGGCCCUGAGCACAGCACAGGCCCUGUGGGAGCCAGAACAAAAAAGGGAAGUACUCUAGGCCCUGAAGAGUACACAGACUUGCUCUGCUUCCAGCCCUGCUCUGAUGCCCCUUGCCAGCUUCCUUUAGGGACAUCUUGCCUCCUACAUGCCAAGCUUCACCACAGUGCCCCCGAAAAUAUUAAUGAUGAGGACAGAACAUCCACAGAGCACUGCUGUCAGCACAUGAGGACACUGACUAGGGCCCAUUCCAUAGCAGUGUUUCCCUUAAGAUACCCUGAGAAUCCUCCAGGGCAGAAUUUUGUGAAAUUUGGGACUCAUUUGAAGGAAGGGACUGAAGCAGAACGAGACCCAAGAACACAAAACCCUCUCCACCCUGUCUUCACCCGACUGUCUCCUUUACUUCCUGCUUCCCAGAGGAGGGCCCCUUAUUUGCAGGAUCAGUAUAAACCCAGUGCUCUUAGCUGGAAAAGGGCCUUUCAGGACACACCCUGUGAACAUCUCUGGCUGGAAAACCAGUUGGGACAGGAUUCUAGAUCCUGUCCCGUCUCUUCAUGCCUUACUGCGGACUCUGUGAGCUUUAGCACAGAGGAAGUGCCAGUGCCCACAGAGUGCAAGUCGGAACAUAGCCCAGAAAACCUACAAGAGGAACCCCAAGGCACUGGCCCUGCACCAAACGAUGCUGAUGUGAGUGACAGACAAAAGCACCUUCAGGACAUUUCUGUUGAGGCAGGAAACCAAACCAGUAAUUACGGAUCAAAGUACAUUCUCAGUGAGAAAAGAAAGCCACCUGUUAGGGCCAAGUUCCCACAUUGUUCCAGCAAUAGCGGGACACAGGUGUGGAACAGCGACUGGAUGGGUUGCUGCAAAGUGAGUGAUUGUUCAGAUACUCCAGAGACCACCCUGAAAUCAAGUGCAACAGGCACCUCAAAGGAGCUGGAAGAUGUGAUGGUUCUAGACCCCCAAGGCACCAAAAGUGCCUUGCCGGAAUUUUCAGAAACCAGAGCAGCCCCUGUGUCUCGUUGCAGUGGUGGGGAUGAGUGUGACCAGGGGCUGGCGGGUGGUGCCCAGCCCUCUCCUGAGGGCCUGAAGCUAGAGCCCAAGGUGGAAACAUCUAGGGGCAGGUGCACACUCAUCAUUGUAGCUGUUGAGCAGAAAGGUCUGCAGGCCACCAGGAGGAAAACAGGUCCUCUUCCAGAAACACUGUCCGAAUUUCUGGAGGAAAAACCAGGAUCUCCCUGCGGUGCUGGGACGACCUCCUGGGAGUCUCCCAGGGCUGGGAAACCACAAACUUGCGGCAGUGAGUGUGAGCUGCCGGAGGCCAGCAGACUGGCAGAGGACGAUGGGACUCUUCAGCAGGGGGCCCACGACGCAGAGCUUGCGAUAGUUCUGGUCCCCGAAGCUUCCUCGGAAGAGAGGCCCAGGGACAAAGACACUUGUUCCCAGGAGCUUGCCCAGGCCCGGCUGAGCAGGGGUGAGGCUGCCGAAGAGAAACCGCCUGGGGCAAGGUGGAUCCCCGGUUUUGGGACACACAGGACACAAGCUGCUGGGCCUCCCGCUCCCGGGCCUGAAGAUGCUCACGGGGCCCAGGGCCUUCACCCUGAGACGGGGAGCCGGGCCGGCGGGGCGGAGGCGGCGCAGACGGGUUCGGAAGCCCCAGCCUCUGCCUGCUCCCACGCGCCCCCGCCGCCGCCGCCGCCGCCGCCGCCGCGGCAGGGCCAGCCCCUCCGCCCCUGCAAGGCCUUGCAGGAGCCCGGGAAGCGCCGGACGGUUCCCAGAGUGACCUCCCUCAGGAAAGGCAGGUCCGCCUCCCACAGCCCAGGAGUGGAGCCCGGCGCGCAGGGACACGGGCGUCUGCAGCCCACUCGCCCCGCUCCACCCGGUGCCUCCGCCCCGACCGCGGGUUCUUCGGGCCUUGAGGAACUGCGUGCAGACGGUCGGGGCCCUGCGGCCUGUUGGCCGCACCAAGUGGGUGCGGGCGCAACUCUGAAGACCAUUCUCCGGGGCGCAGGUGGGGAAGCUGUAGGGCUAAGGAAAGGGGACCAUGUGGCAACACCAGAGGACCUGGGCAGCAGGACACCGUCCUCAGAAAGGGCUGAUGCCAAGAGACUCAAAACUCCAGAGAAAAGGCUCAGGGCAAGGCUGGCCUUAGCUCAUAAGACCUUUGCAAAUUUUUUUGAGUCAAAGGUUUUAGAAAAAGAGAACACUGAUGAAUGUUGUCCAGGUGCCCUCAAGGGCCGGAAGGAGAAGAGCAGGCCGCGCCAGAGUUCCUGGCGUGCAUUUCUGAAAAACAAAGAUGUAGAAGCCCCCAAAAGGCCCGCCGUAAUAACAGGAGAAAAAGUGAACCAACCAUCAAAUGCACAAGCCCCCAGGAAAGUGGUAGGUACCUAA